UUAAUUAUUUAAUCAAUUUACCCUGAUCCAAUAACAUCAUUACGAUAGGUACCUGUUUUUAUUGGGUACCACGUAACAGUAUCCAAACCAUGGUAUCGAUACAAAAGUUCUUGUACCGAAAGAAAAGUAUCUAUACUUUAUCCAAUAAAGUUUAUUGGUAUAGGUAUUAUCGCCACGUCCCUAGUCGUGUAUCUACAAUAAUACAGUUGUGAGUUUUGAAUUGAUAGUUUAAAUGAGUCACUGAGUCGCUUUAUCUUGUAACACUGAUUCGACUCGUCCAGUUCAUUUUUAAGAGUCGACUAGCUUAUGAACUACACAUCCCUAAUAGUCAUAUUAAUAAGUCUGUAAUUUUACCGUCAAGAUUCAAAAUAUUUCAGAUAUUUUACAAAAAUAUAAAAUGUAUUGUAUGGUCGUGUAUAAUGUAUUCAUAAACAUAUAGUUUUAUAUGUCUAUGAAUGUAUUAUACUCAAAAUUCAGGAAUAUCAAUAUACUGAUAAAAGUUUUGUUAUGACAGUUUUAUUUAUACAUGAUAAUUUUAAUUCUGUAAUCAGUUAUUUACUUGUUCCUGCACUUCAAUGAUACAAUUUUUUUUAGAUAAGAAUUUGAUAAAGCUGAAAUUCAAAUUAAUCUAAUUUUUUAAGUGUUUGUAUAUGUGAAAUUUUAUAAUAUCUUAAUCUGUAAAUAUUUUCAAACAUGAAUGAAGAAAUGGAAAAAUGUGUGCUCCAAAAUAUUUCUUGGGCAAAUCUUCCGCCAGCAAUAAAACAAAGUGUAGGCAAUUCUAUAAAAGAGUACAAAAAAUGUAUUUCUAUAUAUAGUAUAAGAAAUCAAGUUCGUUACAAAGGAAACUUAGUGAGAUCUGUUGUCAGAAAUGAACAAAAUUACUAUGAAGAUUUGAUGACAUAUAGUAGAGAAAACUUGAUGCUUUAUCCAUAUCAUCUAUCAGAUGUUAUUGUAAAAGGAUUAAGAAUCACUCCAUUUCAAUUUUAUAUAUCAACAAUUAUACAUGUUAUGGAAUCUGACAAAAGUUAUGAUUCAAUUCCAAAUUUUACAGCUGUAGAUUGCUUAAGAAUUUUAGGAAUUGGUCGUAAUGAGUACAUUGAUUUAAUGAAUCAAGGCCGAACUAAAAAUAAACUUUUUAGAAAAAAAAAUGAGAUACGAUCAAUGUUACCAUCUCAACCUAUAGAUAUAAAUGUAGAACCUUGGUGGACUGUCGAUGUUGGCUGUUUAUACGAGGAUGACAUUAAAACUAUUGAAGAAGAUGAAAAAAUAUGUAUUGACCAUUUAAUUGAUAAUGGGCGACAAAUGGCAGGAAGUUUAGAUUAUAAUGUACUUAGCAGUCUUUAUAAAAAAGGUUUAGUUUACUAUGAUGUUCCAAUAUAUGAUGAUGACCAUAUAAUAGUAUCAACACUUGGUGGUUUUGUAAUGAACAGAGUGCUUGGUGAUAAUUUUGAAAAUCUACUUUACAAAAUUUUUGUAUCAAUCGAUGAGCAUACUUCAGUCAGCGAGCUAGCAACAGUAUUAGAAAUUGACUUGGAAUCAGUUAAAAAUGCAGUUUCUCUUUUUUGCCGGUUAAAAAUUGCACAAAAAAAAAAUCCUAAGAUUGUUUCUACUCAUUUAUCAUGGUCUAGAUUAAAAAACGUACCAAAACCAGAAAUAAUCAAUGUAGGUCUAGUAUCUGACAUAUCUUCAUUAACAAUAUUAUCGACUGAAAUACCAGAAAUUUUGGAAUCAUCACCAGAUAAAAGUAAUGCUGAAAAAAGAAUGGCUUUCUUAUUUGAUUCAACUCUUACAGCCUUUUUAAUGAUGGGCAAUCUUUCUCCUAGUCUUAAAGAUCAUGCAGUUACUUUAUUUGAAGCUGGAAAACUCACUGAUGAAUCUUUAAAUGUAUUUUUGGAUGAGCUAGAUAAAGUUGCAGAUGGAUACAAUGCUGGUAGUUGUGUUUUUGGAAGUGAGACUCCCAGUGCAGGUGAGAGUGAAGGCGAAGCAAGACGAUAUUUUGAGCAUGCUUUAACCCUUAGAAGCACGGUGAAAUCCUUAAGAUCAGAAAAUCACAUAAAUAAACUAGAUCUUAUCCGAUGGGAAAGUCUAAAAUCAUUGUCAGCUGACACAUGUGUUAGAUUUUUAAAAAAAAAUUACAACUUGUUAUUGUCAAUGGCCCCAUUAAACAAAGAAACUCCUCUUUUGUCUUCGCCAAAAUUACCACAUAUAGGUCCUUCUAUUCCUGAGGUAAACUCGGUCUGGUUUAAGCUAUAUUUAUAUCAUAAAACAUGUUAUGGACCUCCUUCACUCCUAUUAGUUAGAGGUGUUCGUUUAUGGAAUGUUCCAAAAAUAUUUAAACAUUGUUCUAAAGUGAUGGUAACUACUUGGGGACAUGAUCCUCAUUUUAUACCUAUUGAAAAUUUACUUACCAUUAUCAAUGAUACACUAAAAGAAUCACCAGUUCUCAUUCAAGCUUGUAAUCCAAAUACUUGUAUAUUACCAUUCCCAAAAAUAGAUUGUUUAGACAGUGAAAAUUCAUUUCUAUAUGAAGAAAAAGCAAUAAAAAGUUUAUCCACAGUAUUAAACCUUGAAAAUACUUGUGGCUAUAUAACUUGUGUAACAACACCUCCUAAGUAUGAAAAGAAGUUUAGUACUGAACAGUCUACCAUUAAUGACACUUCUCCAGUUUUUCAAAAAAACGGAGUAUCUCUCUUAAAAGAAGAAUUGGAAAAAUUAAACAAUCCGUUAUGUGUCACAAAGCCAUUAUUAUUAGAACCUGUUUAUGAUAAACCGAAAUGGACUUUGUUAGACUGCUGUUUUGGAUUACCACUUUUUAAUUCAGAUGUCAAUAAAAACAUUUGUAAACAUAUUAUUGAUAAUCAAAUGUGGAAAGAAGAAAAUGUUACAAAACUUGUGGAAUCAAAUGAAUUGCUAUCAAAAGAUUUAUUAAAAUUUAUAGAAUCAUACAAGGACUCUGACCAAGAUUUUGAAGACUUAUUGCCAUUUGAUAAAUCAUCAAUAGCCUGGCCCGUCGAUUGUCUAAUAUUUGAAAAUGGAAAACUGAUGGUAUGGAAGUAAUGAAUGUUUCUAAAAUAUGAAAUACAUUUACAAAAAUUAUAUCAACUCAUGUAAAUUUAAUUAAGAGUAAGUUAUUAACAACUCAUCAAAUACCAUA